CUACUGCUUUGUUAUCGGUGCCAGCUCAACAGCUGUGCAGAGCGCUCAUUUGUUUAGUAAAUUUCUCUCGCUAAAAGACAAACAGGUGCCAUCAAUCUAUGAAAUUUGCAAAGCAAACAACUUUAGCUUAAAGCACAAAAUCUAUAUACUCAAAUCGGUGACACAAUGCGGCCAUUUUCUGGAGGGGAUUGCGUGAAGCCCAUCGGCGGUUGCAUCAAUCGGGCCUUUGGCGACAAGGAGCCUUGGCAGGUGGCUGCAAUUACAGCAACAACUGUUUUGGGCGGCGUUUGGAUUUGGACGAUUCUAACUAAAGACGAAAGUCUGUAUGUGCGAGGCAAACGUCAGUUCUUCAGACUAGCCAAGAAGCUGCCACCUGUUCGACGACGCAUCGAACAGGAGUUAAAGAAAACGAAGGACGAUUUUGAGGCGGAUAUCAAGAAAAGCAACCAACACCUUACAUACUCACUCCGUCUGCCAGAAAAGGGUCUGAGCAAGGAACAGAUUCUGGGCCUGGUUGACGAGCAUCUCAAGACUGGUCACUACAGUUGGCGCGAUGGACGCGUGUCGGGUGCAGUCUACGGCUACAAUCCAGAGUUGGUUGAGCUGGUCACAGAGGUGUAUGGAAAGGCAUCAUACACAAAUCCUCUGCACGCCGACCUAUUCCCAGGCGUGUGCAAAAUGGAGGCUGAAGUGGUUCGCAUGGCAUGCACUCUUUUCCAUGGCAACAGCGACUCCUGCGGUACUAUGACCACCGGAGGCACUGAAUCCAUUUGCAUGGCGAUGAAGGCUUACCGAGACUAUGCUCGCGAGCACAAGGGCAUCACAAAGCCCAACAUCGUUGUGCCUCGCACGGUGCAUGCAGCAUUCGACAAGGGCGGUCAGUACUUUAACAUUCACGUGCGCUACGUUGACGUCGACCCAGAAACCUACGAGGUGGACAUCAAGAAGUUCAAACGUGCUAUCAACAGUAACACCAUUCUGCUGGUUGGCUCUGCACCCAACUUCCCAUAUGGUACAAUUGAUGACAUCGAAGCUAUUGCUGCUCUGGGAGUUAAAUACGAUAUUCCUGUGCAUGUGGACGCUUGUCUGGGCAGCUUCGUUGUAGCUCUUGUGCGUCAUGCUGGCUAUCAGCUACGACCCUUCGAUUUCGCAGUAAAGGGCGUUACCAGCAUCUCAGCUGAUACCCACAAGUAUGGUUUUGCCCCCAAAGGCUCGUCGGUCAUUAUGUACUCAGAGAAGAAGUUUAAGGAUCAUCAGUUUACGGUCACAACCGACUGGCCUGGUGGCGUCUAUGGAUCCCCAACUGUAAAUGGAUCACGUGCUGGCGGCAUUAUUGCUGCCUGCUGGGCCACAAUGAUGAGUUUCGGCUAUGAGGGAUACCUGGAGGCAACCAAACGCAUUGUGGACACAGCGCGUUACAUCGAAAGGGGUGCACGCCAGAUUGAUGGUGUAUUUAUCUUUGGCAAGCCAGCAACUUCCGUUAUCGCUCUGGGAUCCAAUGUAUUUGAUAUUUUCCGGCUAUCCGAUGCACUGUGCAAAUUGGGCUGGAAUCUGAAUCCAUUGCAAUUCCCCUCUGGCAUUCACAUCUGCAUUACGGACAUGCACACCAAGGCCGGAGUAGCGGACAAAUUCUUGGCUGAUCUUCGUAGCUGCACGGCAGAGAUCAUGAAAGAUCCCGGACAGCCCGUGGCUGGCAAAUUUGCUUUGUAUGGCAUGGCACAGAGCAUACCCGAUCGCUCGGUUAUUGGUGAUGUGACCCGCCUGUUUCUGCAUUCCAUGUACUAUACACCUGAGAAGUGAACAACAAUGUGCAACGAAUUGUAAUAAUCCAUCCCACGAAACCCCAACUUUGUAUUGUUAUUGUUUCCACAUGUAUAUCAUCUGUAGAAUAUUGAUUGAAUGGCGUAAUCGAGGGUACAAAGUCUUUGUUAUCGACAUUUUUGGAGAUCAUUUUAUGUGUAUUUAUUUGAUUACUAUAUGUCAACUGUGAAUUGUAUAUCUAUUAAAAGAUUCCAAGUAA